ACCAUUCCGACUUAUCGGGCAUGCGCGUAUGUAUGCGUGUGCAGCAUCCGAAGAAGAAAAAAAAUCUCCGUUCGGAAUCCGUUUGUCCCAAUCGUUGUGGUGGUGUUACUGCGUGCGAGAAGCAAAAACUCUGUAGCAAACACCCCGUGUGUAGCAUCAGCAACAGUACCACACACAGGAAAAAGCACAAAACUCUUGCCUGUGCGACACAGUGAAGCAACAGCACGCACAAAGCAUAACACGUUCGGGCACGGGGGUUAGAGAGCAAAGAAAAGCAAAGAAAAACGCCUUAGGAGAAACAAAAGAAACAAAACCAAUCGUUUAGUGUGUUUGUGCCGUUUGUGGACAGUUAUUGUUUUAGUGUGGAUUUCCCAUCUAGGAAGGAAAACGGAAAUUUUUGGAAAUUAAACGGUACUGCCUAUUUUUUCUUUAGUGCAAUCAAAUAGAAAAGAAGAAAAUGGAAACGCCAACACAAAAGAGGAACGACGCGUUCGCAUCCCUCUUUCGCUCCCUUUCUCUUGCAUUCACUCCCUCUCUUUCUCUACCUCUCUCUCUCUCUCUCUCUCCCUCUCUUUUUCUUAUUCUUCAUCCACGCACACUUACGCAGCGUGUGGGGUUUCAGAAUACAGAAAAGUAAGAGCACCCAUCAUUCACCUUCAUAACAACAACAACAAAAAGUGGAGAAAAAAUACUUAAGUUCGUAAAACAUUUUUCUUUUUUGCUUGUUUUGUUUUUCCUCUUUCGAUCAAGAUCAAUUACGCGCCCUUUGCACGAGUGAUUGAAAUAUUUCUUUCCUCGCGACCCUUCGCCCUUCCACGCUUCCUUUCCUUAUCGAGAAAGAGAGAGAGAGACAGAACGAUUGAAAACAACACACAGCAUCACAGGUGCUUUUGUUUUGUUCCUUUCCUCCUUCCCAUUUACUAUAUUUCUCCCUUAGCUUCCUUCUUAAUGGAAGUUCACCUUUCCUUGAAGCUACUAUAUUACCCUUUAAUCUUCGGUCUUCGGUGCUACAAAUUUCGGUUUCUUUCCCAACGGUACAUACCGUCGUGUAUGUGCGUAGAAUCUGAUUGCCGUGCAUCUAUCCGCCCUAUAAGGGACGGCAGGGCAAGGGGUUAUACCUAACAGUGGCACUUUUGUGUUCAGCUCCCUUAUUUUGUUCAACUAUUGCAACAGUGUGUACGUAUAUGUAUUUGUUCGCGUUGUUCGACUGCGAUAUGUGGUGUGAAUCGUGCUGUACACGCAGUGUGUGUGAAAACAGUGAUGCAAGUGGUGAGUGCAACUGGGAAAGGGUUGUUCCGUGUCCGGGGGGGGUGGGAUAAGUAUGUAGGAUGUAUGGGCGGGUUUUUCUGUGUGAAAGGGUUGAAUGAAUAAGCAGCAGCAACAACAACAACAACAACAACGGGCACAAAAUAAUACAACACAAAUUUAUAGAAAAUGGAAUAUAACGUUGAGUCACUCAACACUGAAACAUAAUCCAACCUUGUAGUUUUGAAUUAAAACACAUCAAGUGAUACGGCAUAUCAAUCUCUCACUGACGCAACGAUACGUCUUAUAUACAUAUAUAUUUAUAUAGAUACAUACAUAUAUCUCUGUGCUAUCAAUCUUCACAUCAUGUUUUCAUUUUCACAAUUUCCUAUCAUAUUCCGGCAUAUUUUAUCGUAACUAACAUCCGAAACAGUUGCUAGUGUGCAUAAAUACUUUUCUUCUUUCCAUAAUUACAUACUUUGCAAGAAAUAGAAGCAGAAAAAAAACGCAGAGAAAGAAAGGCAUUCGUCAAACGCGAUUUCUUCCGCGUGGGUGAAAGAAGCUGCGCAAAUAAUCAAUACAUUCAUACUGCGCUAUUUUACUCCCUUUCUUCAUCUUGCUCGCUUUUUUUUUGCUCUUCUAUACGAACACAAUUUGUACUGUGUUGGUGUCUUUAUUGAUUUUUUGUAUCUUUUUUCCCCCUCUUUAAUGGCUGAGUUUGACUUACUAUCUAUUGUUUUUUUCCCGAUUAUGUGGAAUUUGGAAUAUUUUUUUUCUGUUUUUGAAAGAAAUUUUAUAACGACUUCAAUUAUGCGCUGUGGGGCAUUUGUUCACUACUACUCGUUCGUUACUAUUUUGUUUACUGAAUGAUUCGAUCAAAGAUUAGUUUCAAAUAAACCAAUAACGCACAUUGUAUAGGUAAAGGAAAAGUAAAAGCCAUCAUCGUGUAAACGUUUCGGGGAAAUCUUCAACGGCAGUGAUUAGUAAUAAAAACAGCAUGUGAUACUAUCAAUCUUCCUGUGAUACUAAACGUAUAGUUUAAGUUUAGUUUAAGCCCUCUCACUUCCUUGACUCGCUAAUCGGUGAGUCGGUGGAGAUACCGCGGGCAAAGGUUCUCAGCACAUUGUUUUACAACACAAAUUUGAAUCUACUUUUCGCUCUGCCAACCACUAAACUGAACCGAUACAUAAUGGCCGACGGUACUGACUGAUACCCUGGCCCAGCAGCAAUCCAUCGCCCUCCGUUGGUCCGGUUCCGAUGUCGUCCAAACGGAAGUCACCCCCGAACAAGCUCUCCAAUGCGGUGACGAUCGAGAAGAACAACUUCAAAAAAAUUUCGCUCAAGAAUGAGGAGUUCCUGAAGUCGUCCCCGGUGAAGGAGCUGAACUGUGCAUUCGAUACGAACUUUAUCGCGAUGCAGAAGAUGAGCGCCGAUCCGAAGUUUCUCAAGCAUGACGAUCUGCUCAGCAAUCGGCACGAUGAGCAUCUGUUGCCGCUCGAGCACGACUUCCACUACAAUCUGCCGUUCCUGAACGUGGCCAGCUACAUCCUGAAGGGGUCCGAUCCGGCCCUGAACAAGACGGACAACUUUCAGCUUACAAUGAAUCUGGACAGUUUAAACAUAUCCAGCGGUAAUCAGGAAACGACACCACCGUCACCAGUAUCUCCGUCGACGGCAGCGCCGAAGCUACCCGGUGUGACCAGUGCACCGCGCAAGCUUAACAACAUGAUCCUGAACCACCUAAAGUCGAUAGUGGACAACUUUGACAGUUUAAACAACAACGUGAACGAUAAGAACAGCUACGGUGGUGCGACAAACAACUGUCAAAGCGAGGACCCGCCAGCUCACCUGUCACCACCGGUAGAACAGCCAACGGUGCAGCAGCUGAACAAUCAGUAUCUCGAGAAGAACAAUCUGGAAUCGUUUCGCACCCGGCUCGACGAGCGCAUCACGAAUCUACAGCUCAGCAUGAGCGAGAUCUAUCUGAUGCGGCUCAACCUGAGCCUGCUCGACUUCCCGAACGAAAUACCGAGCACACUGCUGAACAACCACAGUCAGCCGCAUAAUAUCCACGGCACACCGGACGAUCUGCCCAACCGGAACUGCAGCUCUCAGAGCACGCAGAAUAACAUCAAGCUUAUAAAACGAAGUUUCAAGGAGUCACUCUACGAGAAGGAGAAAAACAUCAACCGACUGAUAAUGUACUUUACAAUAUGGCGCGAGAUGCUACUGAAGGCGGAAUUUGGCGAAAACCGCAAGUACAAACAGAACAACAAUUCCAAAAGCAACCUCGACCAACCGUCAUGUUUGCUAUCCGGGGGCAGCACGGCCACUGCUGGCAGCAGCACAUCGACCGGUGCACCAGGGGAAGGUACGGUACGUGGUGUCGGUGCGGGCGGUAAUGGUAUGUCACCGGCCGCUUCCUCCAUCGCAUCCGUCCCGUCGGCAACACCGGUGGCAAGCGGGGUCGCGUCACCGAACCGCAGCACCUCGGCCGGUACCACCGUGAUCGACUGUGAUAUAGCAGGGCCGGUCGAGCUGGCAACCGAACCGGACAACUGCAUACGCCGAUACCAAAACGUAUUUCAAUCGAUUGCCUGUAAAAUGUCGGGUGCGGUUGAACUGGCCGGCCAAAUGUCACAGCAUUCCGGCGGUGGUGCCAUUUACCAACCGCCAGGGGCCGGCGGUAGUAGUAGUAGUGGUGGUGGUGGUAGCACUACCAACAGUGCAACCGUUGGUGGUAAUAUGCGUCGCAAUGCACGGAAACGGCCCCAUCUACUGCCACCGGAUGCGGACCCGGAGCAGCUGAUACUGCCCAAGCAACCGAUGCUGUCGGCGACGCCAUUAAACUGUUCCGGUACGGCCGUACCUGCCGGGGCGGCACUCACGCUGUACGACGAGUACGAGAAGGCGAAGGAGGAUGAAAACCAAAGAUACGCAAAGGAGCCAGACGUACCGAUCAAUCUGUCCAAGCGGAAACCGUCGCGCGACAGUCCACUCGGACCGGGUGCACUGGAGCUUAGCAAUGGUACGAAGCUGCCGGGGAUGGUGCCGGGUGGUAGCGGUGGUGUUGGACCAUUUGGCCCGGCCGGUUUGUUUACCGGGUGUGACACCGACGAGUUAAACCACCGGCUGGAGCUAAUGUCGGAUAAGGUUGGGCUGUUGCCACCGACCGCUGUUGCCCUGUUGGAGAAGGAAUCCGACAAGUAUUUCCUCAAAUCGAAGCGUGACCGGCUUGAGCUGGAAGCGAACCACCUGUUCGAUUAUCCCGGGCCCGGACCGGACGGGUUGCAUAAGCAUGCCAAGCUAAACCUCUACCACCAGUCGCCGAGUCCACAUCACGGCAGUCCAGAUGAGAAGCAGGGUGGACUGGGACUAGGCGAAUCGGCCUAUCCGCUUGCUCAACAGUUCUUUAUCAAGGCCGCCGAUGCUGGGGCGCACGGUGGACCGGGUGGUGUCGGUGGACCGGGACUGUCACCGUUCAACAGUAAUGCGAUGAUCGACAACAUGAACCGCCAUUUGAUUCAGCGCCAGCAAACGAUCGCUGGCGUUAGUGGUGGUACUGGUGGUGGCGGCGGCGGUGGUGGUGGUGGUAGUGGCAAGAAAGAUAAAGGUAUGACGCUCGGUGGGAUGGAGCUCGGACCGGAUAUCGGUACCGGGCGGAGUCGUUCGUCCAGCACCGAGAAGAACCACAUCAAGCGCCCGAUGAAUGCGUUCAUGGUGUGGGCGAAGGAUGAACGGCGCAAAAUACUGAAGGCCUGCCCGGACAUGCACAAUUCCAACAUCUCCAAAAUACUCGGUGCCCGGUGGAAGGCGAUGACUAACCUCGAGAAGCAACCGUACUACGAGGAGCAGGCAAAGUUGUCCAAGCAGCACAUGGAGAAACAUCCGGACUAUCGGUAUCGACCACGCCCGAAACGUACCUGCAUCAUCGAUGGCAAGAAGAUGCGCAUCUCCGAGUACAAGUGUCUGAUGAAGAACCGACGUCAGGAGAUCCGACAAUUCUGGACACGUGACUACGACAGCGGCACCGACCAAAAGUGUCCGCUUAAGGACGCCGGUAAGGUGAUUAAGAACGAGGCCAUGUAAAUUCCACCACCCAUCCCAGUACGAAUCGUCAUCUCUCCCCGUUUUCGAACAUCCAUAUUUGAUAAUACUUAUCUAACCUUGGCACUGUGUACUCGCCGUAUUCCGAGUGUAGAUGUUAAUGCUUCCGAGGUUCACACAAGACGACGUGCAGUAAAAGCAAAAAUAAAAUGCGUCAUCGCAUACAACAAAAUUA